AUGGCCAGCAAGACCGAGGAUGAACGGUUGCUUCCGGAAAAGGAAGAUGUCACUGCGGUAAAUAUUAUAAAUGAAAAUCGUUAUUCCUUAGCAGGACAAGUGAAUAGGGGGCGGUUUUAUAUUAGUCUCACCUUGGUCCUCCUUGUGUUCAAGGGCUGUGAGGGAAUGGCGAUGGCGACAUUGAAACAGUUUGUGUACGCUUGGUGCGAAAACAACACUGUUCCUUCCACCGAGGCGCUCAACGAAUCAAGAGAAGAUUUGAACACUACCGACUGUGUUUCAGGAGAAACCGAAGCCCAGAAGCUGGCAUCUUCGUGGGAGCUUUACCUGAAUCUUCUAAUCGCAUUCUUUACAUAUUUCUCACUAUCAAUAUUCGGGACUUUGUCGGACUAUCUUGGACGGAAGACGUUCUUGUGUAUCGCAAUCGCCGGAUUCGCCGUUCGGUGCUUGGUAAUAUCGGUGGUAAUAUAUUAUGGCUUACACAUAGCGUGGGUGUUGCUUGCUAAUGCAGUGGACGGGAUCUGCGGGUCAAACUACAUGAUCAGUCUGAUGACGUACACGUGUACAGCGGAUAUGACACACAGAGCGCACGAGCGCGUCUUCGCUUUAACUGUCAUGGAAACUGUUAUUGGUGUUGGCAAACUGACAACCGAGUUCGGGAACGGAUAUUUCAUUCAUAGGUUUGGGUUCCUCUACCCAAUGCUAACUGCAGCAUUUGGAUGCAUUGUAGGAUUUUGCAUAGCUAUUACUUUUUUUCAAGACACGUAUAAACGUAGUGAACACAAACACCGCGAAGAAUCUCGUCUCCCAUCUAUUAAACAGUUGUGUAAAAACUAUAUUGGGUUUUACGUGCGGGAUGGAUCUUCUCAGGAGAGGGAGUCGUUUUUGCUGUGCAUGUUAAUAUUUUUCAUGAACGAGUUCACUAUACAAGGUCGCUCCAAUGCGCUGACGCUCUUCCAAUUAAGCAGUCCGUUCUGCUGGUCUUCUGAGGUGCUAGGUUGGUACAGCGCUGCUUACAUCGCCGUCACGAUGGUAGCCGGCUGUCUCGUGCUGAAGAUCUUCCAGCAGUGCUUUUCCGACCCCGUGAUCGCGUGUAUCGGGCUGCUGUCUGGAAUAGGCUUUCUGGUGGUCACUGGCCUUGCCUCAGAUACUCUGGAGGCUUUUCUUGCACUGGCCGUCGGCAUCAUGAGUAUACUUCCUAAGUCAAUUCUAAGGGGAAUAGCUUCAUCCCGGGCCUCAGAGAGUUUACAAGGUUCAUUGUUUGCGGGUCUUGAGUCAUCGGAGAUGGUGUGUUCGGUGGUGGCCGGCCCUGCCGGCCUCUCAAUUUAUGCCGCUACGCUCAACAACGCCCGGGGGUUGGUGUUUUACGUGCUGGCCGGCGUCAACGGCCUCGCGCUCGUGUGCAUGAUAUAUUUGACAAGACACUUAAAGAAGUAUUCAGCAGAUCUCAACUAUUCGACAUUGCAAACAACUUGAUACAUUGCAGGAACCCGAAGUAUCAUAAUUUUAUUUUUUCUGUAUCAUAUAAAAUUAUAUUGAUACUACAUGAACACGUAUUUG